AUGGUGACCAGCAACCGGAGCAGCGGCAGCAGCAGCGGCGGCGGCGGGGAAAAGCGGCAGGGCGGCAAUUUGUCUUUGCGCGCGUCCACGGGGUCUGCUAUGCCGGGGAUCUCCGCGGAUUCACGGAGUGCCGCGGACGCCGAGGGGGUGCGUCUGCCGCGGGAGGAUGAUGCGGCACCCGCGUCCCAGUCGGAUGGGGCCCGAGCGGGUGAGUGGGCGCAGCCGCACGUUCGCUGCGCCUCCGUACGGUCACUUUCGCAGAGGACAGCCGCAGGAGGGGCGAGCCUGCUGGACAGCGAGGCGCUCCUGCGCAGGAAGUGGAGCACCAUUCAACGGGAGUGCCCGCUUAAUCCACUGUCUUCGACCACGUCGGUGGGAAGUGCAAGCUGGUACCAUGCAAGGGAGGCCUCGAUGAGCUCCUUGACGCAGUUCGGCACCCCGCCGGCGCUGAGGGCCGGCGCGGCGGUUUUUUUCUUCACGCUGAAUGAAGAAGAGAGCAUGCGGCAGUCGCCACCACUGGAAGUUGUCGGCUUCCCAGGCGAGCGUGAGGGAGGUGCUGGGGACGGCGCCGUACCGCGCAACAGUGUUGCCGCUGCGAGCAUCAAAGAAGACCUCACAGAUCCUCAAGAAGUUGCAGGAAUCGGUGCCGUGACAACACAAAAGGCAGAGUCGGUAGAUCUACAGAGAUCAAGUUGUUCGUUGAGUGUGCCACGGUACUCAACUUUUCUGCGGGAUGUUGGGGAGCUCGCCGCGAGCACGCGUGAGAGUCACGGACCCUCUACAUCAGAUAGCCCUGGGCAACCGAGUAGCGGAAGGAGGCCUCCCUGCGGUGGUGGCGAUAUCAUGCCGAGCGCUCACGACGCUGAGCGCCUAGCCACUUCGCUAGGCAAUAAUAUCAAUGAGGAUGCGGACUCCGCGGAUCACUUGUUUCGUUACGAGGUGAUACGAUUUUCGAAACGCCCUGGCAAUGACGAUGGAUGUAGGGGUGGAUUGAGUAGUUCCGAUGAUGACUGUUGCUGUUGCUGUGGAGUUGACAGUCUGUUUUGGUGUGGCGGCGGAGACCGUGAGUCGCAGACGGCGCUGCUUGUAGAGGAUCGGCCUGGCAGACAUCGCGAGGAGACGAGUGCAGGGCAACACCCCGGCCCUCAAUGUAGACUUUGUAGGAGGCUGUUUCGUCUGUGGGACUUUGUAAACGCUGUUGCAGGUGACCUUCCUCUGGCCUCGGAGAUUCUUUGCCUGAUGAAUUAUAUCGCGGGCAUACUUGUGACCCUCGCCGUGGUGCUUCUGCUGGCGGGACUGUGGAGUGAACGACCCACCCCACUCGUGGAUGACGGCUCCACAUGCCAUGGGACGGCUGUACCCGGAUUCUUGACACCAGACACCUCAUUUAGCAUUUGCCUCUUCCUUUUUAACGCGUCACUGGCAUCUUGCUUUGCCAUUCGGGCGGUUCGAUACGAGAAUACAGGGCUGCUAAUAUGUCACUUCGUCACUGUACUGCUGCAGCUGUGCCGUGUCAUCUACUUUUUGUGCUCGACGAGCAGCAACGACCUUCCGAACGAGGUGCUGCUGUAUACGAAGGGUUUACUUAGUUUCAGCGUCAUCCUGCUCUUCUCUUCGUGUGCAACGUACCGGUGGGUGUACAAGUCGUUUGGAUGGGGGCGAUUCAUGCGGGGUAUCACCCGUUCUGUCCUGCUGCGGCGUCACCGGCGGCAGAUGUUUGUGCGGUCGGUCGUACAACUCGACGUCUACAGUACCAUCAGCGGCGCCCUCACAGUGGCGUACACGGUGGACAGCAACGUGGAACAGCUGCUGGGACUAGCGCUUGCGCUACUUUCUUGUGUGGCAGCGAUGCUUUACCCGACGAUGCUGCGACGCCGUUCGAUGUGGUUUCUUUGCUUUUUUUCACUAACAUUGGCUUUCUCGUUGGUGUUUUACUGCCACGCCAUCGGCAGCGCGGUGGAGCCGUACCUGGUGCGCGGCGCAGGGACCCAAUUUGAGGCGAGUCAUUGCUAUAGGCCACAGCUUCUUAACUGCCUGCGCGACCUGGAGCUUGAGGUCAUCUCCCACGGAGGCGUCAGUGGCGGCGGCGGUGCGUGUCUACCCUCGGCGGGGCAUCGCAGCGAGUUCGUUCAGUUCGCCCACCGCAAGGAGAAUUGCCUUCCGACGUGGAACGACCACUACGUGAAGGGUUUUACGCACUGCUGUGAGGUGUACGGCCACUGCCGCCUCAAGGACGCCGUGCGAAGUUACAGUGUGGUGAAUCUCAUGGUGCUGGCAGCCAUCGUGUGGAGCUUGCGCGUCCUACUCGUCUGGUUGUGGGUCCGUUCCUUGUCGGAGGACGCGGAGGAGGCUGCGAUGCGGCUUCGAAACCCCACUUCUGAUUCCCCUGCGCCUCCUGAGCCGUUGCCCGCCAGCCCACGUAUCAAAUGCUCACCGUCCGCCUGA